GAGCUCUCCAAACACCACUGCCAGUUCUCUUCGGGGACUAACUGCAACGGAGAGACAAAAGAUGAUUCCUUUUUUACCCAUAUUUGCUGUCCUCCUGCUGCUUGUUGUUAACCCUGCAAACUCCAAUGGUUAUUAUGACAAGGUCUUGGCUCAUAGCCGUAUCAGGGGCCGGGAUCAGGGCCCAAACGUCUGUGCCCUUCAACAGAUCCUAGGCACCAAAAAGAAAUACUUCAGCUCUUGCAAGAACUGGUACCAAGGUGCCAUAUGCGGGAAGAAAACGACUGUGUUGUAUGAAUGUUGUCCUGGUUACAUGCGAAUGGAAGGAAUGAAAGGCUGCCCAGCAGUUAUGCCUAUCGACCAUGUUUAUGGAACACUGGGCAUUGUGGGAGCCACUACAACACAGCGUUAUUCUGAUGUCUCAAAACUGAGGGAAGAGAUUGAAGGAAAGGGAUCAUUCACCUACUUCGCCCCCAGUAAUGAGGCUUGGGACAACUUGGAUUCUGAUAUCCGCAGAGGUCUGGAGAGCAAUGUAAAUGUUGAAUUAUUGAAUGCUUUACACAGCCACAUGGUUAAUAAGAGAAUGUUGACCAAGGACUUAAAGAAUGGCAUGGUUAUUCCUUCAAUGUAUAACAAUCUGGGGCUUUUCAUUAACCAUUAUCCCAAUGGCGUUGUCACCGUUAACUGUGCUCGAGUUAUCCAUGGGAAUCAGAUUGCAACAAAUGGAGUUGUACAUGUCAUUGACCGCGUCCUCACACAAAUUGGAACUUCAAUUCAAGACUUCAUUGAAGCAGAAGACGACCUUUCAUCUUUUAGAGCAGCUGCCAUCACGUCUGACAUCCUGGAGACCCUUGGAAGAGAUGGACACUUCACACUCUUUGCUCCCACCAACGAAGCUUUUGAGAAACUCCCACGUGGUGUACUAGAGAGGAUCAUGGGGGACAAAGUGGCUUCUGAAGCUCUCAUGAAAUAUCACAUUCUAAAUACUCUCCAGUGUUCUGAGGCUAUUAUGGGAGGAGCCGUCUUUGAAACCAUGGAAGGAAACACAAUUGAGAUAGGCUGUGAAGGUGACAGCAUAACAAUAAACGGAGUCAAAAUGGUCAACAAAAAAGACAUUGUGACAAACAACGGUGUGAUCCACUUGAUUGAUGAGGUCCUAAUUCCUGACUCUGCCAAACAAGUGAUUGAACUGGGUGGAAAACAGCAAACCACUUUCACAGACCUUGUGGCCCAAUUAGGUCUGGCAUCUUCUUUGAAGCCAGAUGGAGAAUACACUUUGCUGGCACCUGUGAAUAAUGCAUUUUCUGAUGAUACUCUGAGCAUGGAUCAGCGCCUUCUUAAAUUAAUUCUACAGAAUCACAUAUUGAAAGUAAAAGUUGGCCUUAAUGAGCUUUACAAUGGACAAAUACUGGAGACAAUUGGAGGCAAAAAGCUCAGAGUCUUCGUAUAUCGUACAGGUGUCUGCAUUGAAAAUUCAUGCAUGGUGAGAGGAAGCAAACAAGGAAGAAAUGGUGCUAUUCACAUAUUCCGGGAGAUCAUCAAACCAGCAGAGAAAUCUCUCCAUGAAAAAUUGAAGCAGGAUAAGCGCUUUAGCAUCUUCCUCAGCCUUCUGGAAGCUGCAGAUUUGAAGGAUCUCCUGACACAACCUGGAGAUUGGACCUUAUUUGCACCAACCAAUGAUGCCUUUAAGGAGCUGACUAAUGAAGAAAAAGAAAUUCUGAUUCGGGACAAGAAUGCUCUUCAAAACAUCAUCCUUUAUCACCUUACACCAGGAGUGUUCAUUGGAAAGGGAUUUGAACCUGGCGUUACUAACAUUCUAAAGACCACACAAGGAAGCAAAAUCUACCUGAAAGGAGUAAAUGAUACACUUCUGGUGAAUGAAUUGAAAUCCAAAGAAUCGGACAUCAUGACAACAAAUGGGGUCAUUCAUGUUGUAGAUAAACUCCUCUAUCCAGCAGACAUACCCAUUGGAAAUGAUCAGCUGCUGGAAAUACUUAAUAAACUGAUCAAAUACAUCCAGAUUAAGUUUGUUCGUGGUAGUACCUUCAAAGAAAUACCCAUGACUGUCUAUACAACUAAAAUUAUAACCAAAGUUGUGGAACCAAAAAUUAAAGUGAUUCAAGGCAGUCUUCAGCCUAUUAUCAAAACUGAAGGACCCAAAAUAACCAAGGUCAACAUUGAAGAGGAUCCUGAAUUCAAAGUGAUUACAGAAGGUGAAACUGUAACUGAAGUGAUCCAUGGAGAGCCAAUUAUUAAGAAGUACACCAAAAUCAUUGAUGGAGUGCCUGUGGAAAUAACCGAAAAAGAGACACGGGAAGAACGAAUUAUUACAGGGCCUGAAAUAAAAUACACUAGGAUUUCUACUGGUGGUGGAGAAACAGAGGAAACCCUCAAGAAGCUGUUGCAGGAAGAGGUCACCAAGGUCACCAAAUUCAUUGAAGGUGGUGAUGGUCAUUUAUUUGAAGAUGAAGACAUUAAAAGACUGCUUCAGGGAGGUAAACUUGAAACUAAGGAAAACAUAUCAACUUGGGAAUUUCCCAUAAGUCACACUUUCCUUUUUGGCACAGACUUUCUCCCACUUUCCAAGCUAACACACCGGUGAGGAAAAUACAAGCCAACAAAAGGGUUCAGGGAUCCAGAAGACGAUCAAGAGAAGGUCGCUCUCAGUGAGAAUCGGAAGCCCAGACACCAAGUUUAUACCACCUAAGUCAAUAACCUGACCUUGAAAGAAAAUUAUCAGAGCCAUGUUGACUUCAGGAACUGAAAAAUCAGCACAAAGGAAAAAUCAUCCAACAAUUUUGAACAAUUUUAAUAUUAUUUUCUGAAUGAGAAACAUAAGGGAAAGUGUGAGAUUAGGCUGCUGUGAGUUAGGAACUGAGAGAAACAAAGCAAAUUGUGGCCUUUCAACUUGGCAUUAAAGGUUGACACUAACUCUUGAAUCCAUCAAGGAAAAUCCCUGUUACUACAUUCAUUACAUUUCAAAGCGUGGAGCUAAUCUUAUUGAGAACACUGAGUCUUGAAUGUUUGUAAUGGAUAAAUAAAAUGCCUGCAAGCAGUUACCUCUCCAUGGGAAACUAGAUUUAAAAAAAUGGGUGCUCAGAAUAAAACAAAAAAUCUUUUAGGUCAAAAGGCUUUGCACAUUUCUAAUACAACGUGGGUUUACUGGUAAAUUAUGUUAUUUUUGCAGUUAAUUUUAUACUCUUAAAAUGUUUGUCAUAUACUUCUUGCAAUACAUAUUUUUUAUCUCAAACAUUUCAAUAAAACUGUUUUUAGGUAUAAAGAGAAUUACUUCAGAUUGGGUAAUUCAGAAAACUCAAGGUUUAAAAAAGAGUGGUUUGGACUUGGGAACAGACUUUAUACCUCUUUUAUUGUAAUGAGUAUUCAUUAAAGGAAAUUAAAUGAAA